GCAAAGAAGCGACUGAAAAAGGAAUGUUUACCCUUGCAGAAGUUGCAUCGCUCAAUGACAUCCAGCCAACCUAUCGUAUCCUGAAACCAUGGUGGGAUGUAUUUAUGGAUUAUCUAGCGGUUGUGAUGUUAAUGGUUGCCAUUUUUGCUGGAACCAUGCAAUUGACCAAAGACCAGGUGGUCUGCUUGCCAGUUUUGCAGUCUACUAUAAACUCAAAAGCACAACCCAGCACAUCAGGGAAGGCUGACUUUACCACUGUUGAAACAACCACUGGUCAAGGAGAAGAAGCAUCAACGAGAACGGUUUCUUUUGGAAGUGCCCCUACUGUAACACCUGAUGUACCUCUGAGCAGAGCUACCUCUCCUCAGUAUCAACCCACUGAAUCAAGUCAGGAGCUGAAGAAGGAGCAGAAGGAUUCUUCAGGCCGCAAAACAAAUUUGGAUUUUCAGCAAUAUGUAUUUAUUAACCAGAUGUGCUAUCAUUUGGCUCUUCCUUGGUAUUCAAAGUAUUUUCCCUAUCUUGUUCUCAUCCAUACCAUUAUUUUAAUAGUCAGUAGCAAUUUUUGGUUCAAGUAUCCCAAGACCUGCUCAAAAAUUGAGCAUUUUGUGUCCAUAUUAGGGAAGUGUUUUGAAUCCCCUUGGACUACAAAAGCACUGUCUGAAACAGCGUGUGAGGACUCUGAGGAGAACAAACAGAGGUUAACUGGUGCCCAGUCCCUGCCCAAGUAUGUUUCCACUAGCAGUGAUGAAGGAAGCCCAAGUGCCAGCACCCCCAUGAUAACAAAGUCUGGCUUCAAAUUUUCAGCUGACAAGCCAAUGAUUGAAGUUCCCAGUGUCACUAUUUUAGAUAAAAAAGACGGAGAACAAGCCAAAGCACUGUUUGAGAAGGUCCGCAAGUUCCGGGCUCACGUGGAGGACAGCGAUCUGAUUUACAAACUCUACGUUGGCCAGACUAUCAUCAAGACUUUUAAGUUCAUAUUUAUUCUCUGCUAUACUGCUAACUUUGUCAACACCAUUAGUUUUGAACACAUCUGCAACCCAAAAGUGGAACACCUGAUUGGCUACACGCAGUUUGAAUGUACGCACAACAUGGCUUACAUGUUGAAGAAGCUGCUUAUCAGCUAUAUUUCUCUCAUUUGUGUCUAUGGUUUUAUCUGUCUCUACACGCUCUUCUGGCUGUUCCGAAUACCCUUAAAAGAAUAUUCCUUUGAAAAGGUCAGAGAAGAGAGUAGUUUCAGUGAUAUUCCCGAUGUCAAAAAUGACUUUGCGUUUCUUUUGCAUAUGGUAGAUCAGUACGACCAACUUUAUUCUAAAAGGUUUGGUGUCUUCUUGUCAGAGGUAAGUGAGAACAAACUACGUGAAAUUAGUUUAAACCACGAAUGGACUUUUGAAAAGCUGCGGCAGCACGUUUCCCGCAAUGCCCAGGAUAAGCAAGAAUUGCACCUUUUUAUGCUAUCGGGGGUCCCUGAUGCAGUCUUUGAUCUGACGGAUCUGGAUGUGUUAAAACUGGAGCUGAUUCCUGAAGCGAAAAUCCCAGCAAAAAUCUCCCAGAUGACAAAUCUUCAGGAACUUCAUCUGUGCCACUGCCCUGCAAAGGUCGAGCAGACUGCCUUCAGCUUCCUCCGGGACCAUUUGAGAUGCCUUUAUGUAAAAUUCACAGAUGUCGCAGAAAUUCCUGCGUGGGUGUAUUUGCUCAAAAACCUCCGAGAAUUGUACUUGAUAGGCAACUUGAACUCUGAAAAUAAUAAAAUGAUAGGGCUUGAGUCUCUCAGAGAGUUGAGACACCUUAAAAUUCUCCAUGUGAAGAGCAAUUUGACCAAAAUCCCCCCCAAUAUCACAGAUGUGGCACCACAUCUGACAAAACUGGUCAUUCAUAAUGACGGCACUAAGCUUGUGGUACUGAAUAGCCUUAAGAAGAUGAUGAAUGUUGCGGAGUUGGAACUGCAGAACUGUGAACUGGAGAGAAUUCCCCAUGCCAUCUUCAGCCUCUCUAACUUACAGGAACUGGAUUUAAAAUCAAAUAGCAUACGCACAAUUGAAGAAAUCAUCAGUUUCCAGCACUUAAAAAGAUUGACUUGUUUAAAGCUGUGGCACAAUAAAAUAGUCAACAUUCCUUCCUCCAUUACCCACGUAAAGAACUUAGAGUCUCUUUACCUCUCCAAUAACAAACUCGAAUCCUUACCAGCCGCAGUGUUCAGUUUACAGAAACUUAGAUGUUUAGAUGUAAGCUACAACUCAAUUGCAGUGAUUCCAGUGGAAAUAAGUUUGCUUCAAAAUCUGCAGCAUUUUCAUAUCACGGGAAACAAAGUCGACGUUUUGCCAAAACAGUUGUUUAAAUGCAUUAAAUUGAGGACUUUGAGUCUGGGACAAAACUGUAUUACCUCAAUCCCAGAUAAAGUUGGUCAGCUGUUGCAGCUGACUCAUCUGGAACUGAAGGGAAACUGCUUAGACCGUCUGCCAGCCACGUUGGGGCAGUGUCAGCUUCUCAGGAAAAGUGGGCUUAUCGUGGAAGAUCACCUCUUUGACACUUUGCCCUUGGAAGUUAAAGAGGUAUUGAACCAAGACACAAGCAUUCCCUUUGCUAAUGGGAUUUAAGCUGAGGUGAAAUGCUCAAGUAGCUAACUUCCAAACAGUAAAUGCUAAAAAGUGUGGCUAUUGUGAGACCAUGCGUUUUUAGAAAGCAGAUUUCCUUGGAAGGCGAGACUGCUAGUGGGAUUAUAAGAGGUGUAACCGAGUGUUCAAUGUUUGCAGUGUUUUAAAAAGAUUAUUUCCAAAAUUUUUGAGAGGAUAAAAAGAACCUUAAUAAUCUCAAUUCUUUUUUCCUUAAAUUGUUUGUAACUUGGAUGCUGCCGCUUUUGAAUGUUUACAAAUUUGCUUGCCUGCUUAAAGUAAAUGAUUAAAUUGAUGACCUUUUCUUACUAUGCAAGUUAUUCUUUAAGGUCUGGAUUUACUUUAGUGCAUUGUGGGAGGAAAAACAAAGAUAAGUAUUGUAUAUGGGACGGUUCUAAUAGCACUUGAAACACACGUUGGUGUGUUGUUAGUGUUUAGCUACUCUCAGCAAACGAAGCCACCAUUUUCCUGCACUAAGGUAUGUGGUUUGCAUGGGGCCUAAUAUGUUUGCCCUCGUUCUUCAUUCUGAAGGCCUCAUGGUUUUGGAUGAGAUUUGUCUAUGACUUAGUGUGACUCCUUCAGAGCUGCGAGGACCUGUCCUGUUCCACGGCUCUUCUACCCCAGCUUCCGUAAGGCUCCUUUGUCCUGAGUAGCAGGGAGUGAUAAAAGGGAGAGUAGUGCCACUGGCCUUCCAAGUUGAGGAUAGUUUUGAUGUUUGACUGUUCUGCACGAUAACUUCUGAGAGUCAUUAAACAGCAGGUGACUUUAUUGCUGGUGUUUUGCUUCUCUUCAGAGUUUCUGUCUGGGAAACUCGAGAUGUUUUACAAGAGUCAGUGAUUAUUUUGUUUCACAGCCCUUGCCCAGGAACAGGGUUGUCUGCUCUAUUUUCCAGACUAAUGACAGAGACUUAGAAUUACCCAAACGUGAUUUAGCUUUAUCACCUAUUGUAGCAUAUCUUCCACACAUAGACUUUAACUGUAGGAUACCCUUACCCCAGCCCUAGUAAUUUGAUAUUUUUGAACAUUUAUGCACUGUUAGAGAACCCUAAAUGUGUGCCAGAUGAGUCAUCAAAUAAAGAAAAAAAGCAGACA